UAUGUGGCGUCUCCUACGUGUAUAUGGGUAUUCACGCACAGUUCACGUGAUAUCUGUUUUACUGUAUUCUUGUUUGCUCGACGUAGAUAAUGAGCAUAUCAUUAGGACAUAAUAGAUGUUUACUGCGUUAUAUUUUGGCUAAUUUUCCCACGGUUACACACAGUUAAACCGAGGUACGGCCGCGGAGUUAGUCCAACUCUACAGCACAUUGUGAACUGUCUGACUAUGGUGACCGUGACUUCAACAUCAGCGUGCACCCUGCUGGUGAUGACCGUCACCUAUCUUACAGUUGUAGUUUCCGGUUACCGUGUGGAUUGCCCGGCUGGCUACAGCCUGACUGAAAACCUGAGAGAAUGUUACCGACAGACUGGCCUCUCAUACAAGCCAGGGCACCCCUUCAUCAACGUCCGCGCCUUGGUCGAAUUCUGUAGUUUGCCCCAGAGUGCUGAUCCCAUGGAGUGCGUUAAACAAGCCUGGUCGCCAUGUAAUGGCCAGUGGACUGCAGAUGACCGGGUGGAGUUCAUGACAGAGAUGAAUAUCGUUAAGCCAGGCUACACUUAUCUUUGUUCCCAGGCCCAAGAUUUAGAGAAAAACGCUGGAUGUAUCGAAAGCGCCAAGAGCGAGAUAGAGGAGUGUCUGCUGAACGCCCAGUACGAGGCAGACAAGAUACGAGACUCCUUCUUUACAGUCUCGACCAUUUCAGAUAAACAAGAACUUGGGAUUAAAAAAAGUUUUGGCGAGACCGCCGCGUCAUGUAGUUUUCGGGCCGCAUCACAAUUCUGUAAUCAGAAGAUUGCCAGCAUCAUCGGGAACUUUAUCUACGCUGUGUAUGCCAAUCCAUAUGUCUCACACAAUUAGGGAUGGCAUCAAUUCUAAAGCCAACAAACAGAGUUGCCUGAUAAUUCAACGUGUUAUUUAAUCAUGAAUUUCACACAUGUAGACGUUAGUUAAUAAAGACGUUAAGUUUUUAAGGAGUCCUUGUGAACGAAUAAUAGCAAAGAUACAGGAGUUAUUAAAACCAAUUUCAGAAUAAUGGUGGUUUGAUUUUAUGUCUUGACGUAUCCAUGAGAUCCACUGAUUAACAUCACGUAGUAAAGUACGCAGGUCACUCCGAGAAAGAACUUUGCAUCGUUGGCAAAAAUCAUUAUUUCGACCUUUAUUUUGGUCAUCACCAUUGCUUACUCCGAGGAAGAACUUAAAAUGCAUCGUUGGCAAACAUCAAUAUUUCCACGUGUAUUUGGUCAGGAACAGGAUUAUUUACAAGGCAACAGCUGUCUGUUGAGAGCUUAAAUACCUGUACGUUUAUCCGAAUUGUGAACUGCUAUUACCAUUAAAAUAAACCAGUUUUGUCACAAUAACAGUAACAAUAAAAGUAUCAGUGGCAGUUACUAUAAUCAUAGGCCCAAACUCAAGGUAUCUACCAUUGCUACUC